UGAGCAUUUAUCAUUCCAUAAUGCAUCCUGUUUCAACAUUUAGUAUGCAGUACACUAGUACUCCAAAGAGUUGAGAUGACUGACAUGUAAACAUUAAAACAUGACUGUUCUUUUUUUGAGAUUUUUUUUUUUACACCGUUCUGAUAUCAGGGGGUCCGGGACCCGUCUGGCGCAUCCAUCGCCCUCUACACGGCUAAACUGCACCAUCCCAGCAAAACAGGAAACCAUGUGGUUCUUCAGGCUCUGUUCUACCUACUGGACCGAGCUGUGGAGAGUUUUGAGACUCAGAGAAAUGGACUGGUCUUCAUUUAUGACAUGGCUGGAUCCAACUACACGAACUUUGAACUGGACCUCAGCAAAAAGAUCCUCAAUUUGCUGAAGGGUGCGUUCCCAGCACGGCUGAAGAAAGUGCUUAUCGUUGGAGCUCCUGUGUGGUUCAGGGUCCCGUAUAACCUUUUAAGUCUGUUACUGAAGGAGAAGCUCAGAGAACGGGUUCAAAUGGUGAAGAUGGGCGACCUGCGACAGCAUCUGCCCAGAGACUGUUUACCUGAGCACCUGGGCGGCUGUUUGCCUCUGGACAUGCACAGCUGGAACCUGCAGCUGCUGUCCGAGCAGAAUGGGCGCGUGGACCCCGUGGAUGAGCUAGUGGGGAUUCCGCUGGAGAACACGUCCAUACACAUCCCUGAACCUGAGGUCAUGAGUCUGGCCGAGCUCAUGGCCCACCUGAACCGAGCCCAGCGCAGCGGGAUCUACCUGGAGUAUGAGGAGCUUCGCAGAGAGCAGCCACCUGGAACCUUCACCUGUGCGCUGGCUGCUCACAACCAGGAGCGGAAUCGCUAUGGCGACGUGCUGUGUCUGGAUCAGACUCGUGUGCGACUCAAAGCAAGGAGAAAUGAAAGAUCAGACUACAUAAAUGCCAGCUUCAUGGAUGGAUACAAACAGAAAAAUGCAUAUAUUGGGACUCAGGGUCCAUUGGAAAAAACCUACGGUGAUUUCUGGAGAAUGGUUUGGGAGCAAAGUGUGCUUGUCAUCGUCAUGACAACAAGGACGGAUGAGGGGGGCCGGAGGAAGUGUGGACAGUACUGGCCCAAGGAAGAGGGCGGUCAGGAGGUGUACGGGCACAUCGCUGUGGUCAAUCACAGAGUGGACAAACAUGCACAUUACAACCAAACCACACUUGAGCUGCACAACACUGAGACAUUCGAACAGAGACAGGUGACUCAUUUUCAGUUCCUCAGCUGGCCUGAUUACGGGGUCCCAUCCUCCGCACUGUCUCUGAUUGACUUCCUGGGUGCCGUGAAGCACCAGCAGCAGUGGGCGGUCCAGGCUUUCGGCUCACAGUGGAGUGGUCAUCCGCUCGACCCGCCCAUGGUGGUCCACUGCAGCGCCGGCAUCGGCCGGACUGGUACUUUUUGUGCGCUUGAUAUCUGCCUGUCCCAGCUGCAGGAUGUCAGGACUCUUAACGUUUGCCAGACGGUUCGACGGAUGAGAGCGCAACGUGCCUUCAGCAUCCAAACACCCGAGCAGUACUAUUUCUGCCACACCGCCAUCCUCGAGCACGCCCAGAGGCAGGGCCUACUUUCAGCCAAUCAGUGAGCAGCAGGGCCCACUUGUAGCCAAUCAGAGACUC